AUGCAGGUAACAGACGUGCUUCUGUUGGGCUUCGGUCUGCUCUUCCUCCGCUGGUGGUGGCGCCACUGGUCUACCACGGGGGGCGGACAGAAGAACCUCCCGCCUGGUCCGCCCGGGUGGCCCAUUGUUGGGAACCUCUUCCAAGUGAUCCUACAGCGUCGUCACUUCAUCUACGUGGUCCGCGACUUACGCAAAAAGUACGGCCCCAUCUUCACCGUGCAGAUGGGCCAGCGCAGGUUGAUCAUCGUCUCCAGCGCGGACCUCAUCCACGAGGCGCUGAUCCAGCGCGGCCCAUUGUUCGCGAGUCGGCCCAAAGACUCUCCCAUCCGCCUCAUCUUCAGCAUGGGAAAGUGCGCCAUCAACUCCGCCGAGUACGGGCCUGUCUGGCGCACCCUCAGGAAGAACUUCGUCACCGAGAUGAUCACCCCACUCAGAAUUAAGCAGUGCAGCUGGAUAAGAAAAUGGGCCAUGGAAGCCCACAUGAGGAGGAUCCAGCACGAGGCACGUGAGCAAGGUUUCGUAGAAGUCAUGAGCAACUGCAGACUCACCAUCUGCAGCAUCCUCAUCUGCCUCUGCUUCGGCGCCAAGAUCGAGGAAAACAGAAUCAAGCGCAUAGAAAGCAUCUUGAAGGACGUCAUGCUCAUCUCGCUUCCGAAGCUUCCAGACUUUUUGCCCGUCUUCACGCCGUUGUUCCGGCGCCAGGUGAAGGAAGCGAGGGAGUUGAGAAAGAGGCAGGUGGAGCUGUUGGCGCCGUUGAUAAGGAGUAGAAAGGCUUACGUGGAGGGAAGUUUGGCGGGAAAUGACAUGGCGAGUCCAGUCGGUGCUGCUUACGUGGACUCGCUGUUCGGGUUGGAGGUGCCUGAACGAGGACGGUUGGGGGAGGAGGAGCUCGUGACGCUGGUGUCGGAGAUUAUCAGCGCAGGGACGGACACGAGCGCCACCGCGCUGGAGUGGGCGCUGCUUCAUUUGGUGAUGGACCAAGAGGUUCAGGAGAGGUUGUAUAAAGAGAUUGUGGAGUGUGUGGGGAAGGACGGGGUGGUUACGGAGAGUCACGUGGAGAAGAUGCCUUACCUGAGCGCCGUGGUGAAGGAGACUUUCCGGCGUCACCCGCCGAGCCAUUUCGUGCUGUCCCACGCGGCCACUGAGGAUACGAAGCUGGGAGGGUAUACCGUCCCGAAGAACGCGAGUGUGGAAUUUUACACGGCGUGGUUGACGGAGGAUCCGAACAUGUGGGAAGAUCCUGAUGAGUUCCGACCGGAGAGGUUUUUGAGCGGGGACGGGGUUGACGUGGAUGUGACGGGAACGAAAGGUGUGAAGAUGAUGCCCUUCGGUAUUGGGAGGAGGAUUUGUCCAGCAUGGACGUUAGGCAUUCUGCAUAUAAACUUGUUAUUGGCGAAGAUGGUGCAGGCUUUCCACUGGUUGCCCAAUCCCAACGCUCCACCCGACCCGACCGAGACCUUCGCUUUCACUGUCGUCAUGAAGAACCCUCUCAAGGCGGUUAUCGUCCCUCGGUCCAUUUAA